CCAUUAUAUAUACUCCUCAUCACUCUGUCACUCAGCUCUAAGAAGUAAUCCUUGGGUUGUGUUGUAGAAGUGCAAGAGAAAGAUAAAUGGGUAGGCGGCCGUGUUGUGCCAAAGAGAUGGUCAAGAGGGGAGCAUGGUCAGCUCUGGAGGAUCGAAUACUCUCCAACUACGUCAAAGCCCAUGGCGAAGGAAAAUGGAGAGACCUCCCUCGGAGAGCCGGUUUAAGCCGAUGUGGGAAGAGUUGCAGGCUCCGGUGGCUGAAUUAUCUGAGACCUGGUAUUAAGAGGGGAAACAUUUCCACCGAUGAAGAGGAGCUCAUUAUCAGACUCCACAGGCUCCUUGGUAAUAGGUGGUCUCUUAUAGCAGGAAGGCUGCCGGGUCGAACAGAUAACGAAAUCAAAAACUACUGGAACACAUACUUGAGCAAGAAGUCGCAGGAUAAGACUCCACAAAAAGGAUUCAACCACCCUGAUAAAGAGAAGAAGCCUGUGAGGAAAUCCACAGUUGAAGUGCCGAAGGCUGCAAAUUGUUCCACUGCUAUUCGAACUAAAGCCAGAAGAAGCACAACUCAGGUGGUUCUACCAGAGGAAGACGGAAAAGAAGGACAUCAGAGCAUUAAGACAACUGAUCAGAGUACUGCUGCUUCAGAUGGUGGGAUUAUUGGUGAAAACUUGUCAUCUUCAGCUGGACAAGGUGAUGAUUGUUCAGAUUUUCUGAAGGAUUUCGACAGCAGUGAACUUUUCAUGUCAGAUUUUCUGGGCCAAGCUGAUUUGUUGCAAGUUCACGGUGAAGGAAUUAAAGAGAACAAUAACUUGAUCGAUAAAGAUAUGGUUGAGAAUAACUCUUCAACAUUUUCUGCUUAUAACAAUCUCUUAUCAUCAGACGAUGUAAUUCUUGAAGAUUCAAGCUAUGCAGCAAUACUUGAAAGUUGGCUGGAUUGUGACUCUCUUCAACCCAAUGAGGAUCUAGAGAUCAAUAGACUGGCCUGUCCCCUUGACUUAAAAGAAGAAAGGAAAUGAAGGAUUGAUAAUAUACAUUUCUGUAAUAUUACUUAGAAAUUCAUCAGCUUGUUUUGAACAUAUUUUUUUUCUUGGAAAAUCUAAGUACUUGGCAAUGUUGGGCAUUCUGAAUUUGGUCA